AUGCUGGGGGAGCUCCGCUUGACUGGGCUACAGUCUCUUCUGGCUGUGUGUCUUCUCUUCAUCCUAGAGCAUGGCACGGUGAGCUGUGACACUGUGGUGAACAUGCGUAAAGUGACCCACCAGAGGGUCCAGGAGCCUCUGUCGGGUAUGGCCCUUCUGCCUUGUGUCUUCACUCUGCACCCGAGUCCUUCUAACGAACCCCCCCGUAUCAAGUGGACCAAACUGUGGGGCCAGCAAGGGCCAUAUGGUCUACAGAAGCAACAAUCAAUUCUGGUGGCUAAAGACAAUAUAAUAAAGGUGAAGAAAGCAUUCCAGGGCCGCGUCACCUUGCCGGGAUACCCCAAGAACCGCUACAAUGCCAGCUUGGCACUGACAGGCCUGCGAUCCAGCGACUCGGGAAUGUACCGCUGUGAGGUUGUGGUCGGCAUUAAUGAUGAACAAGAUACGGUGCCCCUCCAGGUCACAGGGGUGGUCUUCCACUACCGUGCACCUCACGACCGCUACGCACUCUCCUUCUUUGAUGCCAAGAGAGUCUGUCUGGAGAACUCCGCCAUGAUUGCCACACCUGCCCAGCUGCAGGCCACAUUUGAUGACGGCUAUGACAACUGUGAUGCUGGCUGGCUCUCGGACCAGACUGUGAGGUAUCCCAUCCAGUCUCCGCGGCCUGGCUGCUAUGGUGACAGGGACGACUCACCUGGCAUGAGAAACUACGGCAGUAGAGCCCUUGAUGAAAUGUUUGACGUGUACUGCUUUGCUGACAACUUGCAAGGCGAGGUAUUCCACUCAAGUGUGCAAGAGAAGCUGAGCCUGGCAUCGGCCUCCACUCACUGCCACACUCUGAGUGCUCAGCUGGCCACAGUCGGGCAGCUCUACCUAGCCUGGCAGGGUGGCCUAGACCGCUGUGACCCCGGAUGGCUGACAGAUGGCAGUGUACGUUACCCUAUCAACCUGCCUCGGCAUAACUGUGGAGGAGAUGAACCAGGAGUGCGGACCGUUUACCACAACCCCAACCGUACCGGCUUCCCUGACACUACUAAUCUCUUCGACGCCUACUGCUACCAAGAGAGGAAUGCUGAUGAGCAGGCAGUGAUACUCCACCAGACACUGGAAACCUCUAAUUCAAACUCUUCAAGUGAUGAAGAAGUCCAUCUCCAAAGAAAUGGAGCCUUCCCUGAACCUUCUACCUGGACCGGUCUGGUUGAUCUUGAGAAGGAAGAUUUCCAAUCCAUCAUAAACAACGAAUCUUCAGAAAUCUCAGAGGAGCAUGUUGUAAUCCACCUUAGGCCUAAAGAUAGGUCUGUAAACCGGGAAGAUGAUGGCUCCAAAUAUACUUUGGAUAAACAAGAGAACCUUCAAGGGGGCUCAGCAAGAGAGGAAACUGAUGAGAGAGAUGAAGCAGAGGAUCUUAAGGCAACUUCUGACCCCUUCUUGUCCACGCCAUCCUCCUCCACGCAAGAUCAGACCAGCAACAGCAUGAUUUCCAACUUUUUGAACUCAAUCCUAAAGCCCUUGAGGUACUGGACCGGGAUUGGAGGGACUGAGAUACCAGCCACAGAGUCCAGCCUCUACAGAGGAACCUCAGAAAUUGUCCCAUCAGCCAGGACAAAGCCAAGUAGAGGGAACGCAAACAAAGGAGAUGCUGAUAAUGCCACAUUGGAGCCUAAUACUAAGGAACUUUCAUACAUCCCCUCCACAUCAAAUCCAGAGGAAGGCCCCUUGGAACAGGUGAAAGAGGUGGUCUUUGUGGCUGCACAGCAGGAGAUACAGAGUCCAAACAAAUCCCAAAUGGAACAUCCAAAUUCACAGACCGAUAGCUUAACCGGUCCAUCCAGAGGAAUGAUUGGAUCAGGCGCAGUAGAUCCCACUGUUUCCUCAAGUCCCUUGGCAUCUAAGAGCAACUUCGGCUCUGCAACAGUGCGGAGCAGCCAACAACUCUCGGCACCAAAGUCCUUGAAAGGCUCAAAGUUUGGCUCCUCAGGCAAUAAUGGGCACUUCAUAACUCAAACCAGUGGUCCUAUGGAAGCCAAAAGGGGAGGCUUGAAGAUCAUGACCAUCCCCAUCUCAAGGAACAACCCUGAAAACUUCUCAGGGGAAGGGAAAGACUUGAACGAAGACAGUUACCCACUUCUAAAAGGCCCUGCAAUACAUUUAUCUUCAGAGGAUGAAAAAGAAACAGAGGGAAGUGGUGGAAAAUAUUUGCCAUUCACCGUUGAUGGCCAGCUGAUAGAAACUGACCAUUCCAGUGACCAAAGUGUUCCUGUGGAGGUGGUCAAAUGGCAGCUAAUGAGUCUCCAGACAACUCAACCUUCUCUUGGAUCCAGUUCCUCUGAACCCAAGCAUCUGGAACCAGAUAACAUGGCUGAGGAGGCCAGGGGAGAGAUUGUGUAUGUCUAUCGGCCCAGUGAAAAACACAAAAACAGUCUGUCAAACAAAGUAAAGUUGCCUUUUCUCGAAAUGAAGCAAAGCACAAAUUUUACCAACGCACCUAAAAUAAACACUUCUAGCAUGGGUACCACACCAAACCCUGUCACAAGAGCUGCCGAUUCAAUUCACGGUGAACUGCCAAUCACAUCAACCAUUGGGAACACCCAUUCCCAAUUAGGAGAUUCCUACACUACUGAAGAUAUUUUGCGUACUACAGAUCCAUCCAUUUCUAGCUCAUGGCUACCAGUUGUUCAAGAGGAAGCGGAUACGCCAACGGCACCUGUUCCUAUCACAAUAGUGACUAAACCUGGACCUCAGAUUACGCAAAAUACAGUUCAGCCAACAAGUAUAGAUCAUAUGGAGACUUCACAACUGGCUGAGUCCAGGUCAGAAGUGUCGGAGUCGUUUCUGUUGGCUCGUGGCUGGACAACUUUUUCCAGACACAUUUCUACAGAGGAUCCAUCGUCCCAGACCACAGGAAGCUCAGAGAAAGAUAUUGCAAACAAAACUGUCACUGGCUGGGAAAAUACCUCCAAAACAUCAGCUGAGGAUGAUCCUUGCCAGACCAACCCGUGCCUGCAUGGUGGGAGCUGUCUGACUGAGGGAGAGGGUUAUAGUUGCCUUUGCCCUCAGGGCUAUUCUGGAGAGAGCUGUGAGAUCGAUAUUGAUGAUUGUCAGUCUAAUCCGUGUCAGAAUGGAGGCACCUGUAUUGACGAGAUCAACUCCUUUGUAUGCCUGUGUCUGGCCAGCUAUAGCGGAGCCACUUGUGAGAAAGACACCGAGGGUUGUGAGCACAGUUGGAGGAAAUUCCACGGUCAUUGCUACAAGUACUUCACUCGCAGACACAUUUGGGAGGAUGCCGAGAAGGACUGCAGAGAACACAGCGGACACCUUGCCAGCAUCCAUUCCACACAAGAGCAAGACUUCAUUAACGGUAUGAGUCAUGAGAACACGUGGAUUGGUCUAAAUGACCGGAUGGUGGAAGAUGACUUCCAGUGGACUGACAACAUGGAUCUGCAUUAUGAGAACUGGAGGGAGAACCAGCCAGAUAAUUUCUUUGCGGGCGGAGAGGACUGCGUGGUGAUGAUCGCCCAUGAGAACGGCAAAUGGAACGAUGUGCCCUGCAACUACAACCUGCCCUACAUCUGCAAGAAAGGCACAGUACUGUGUGGAACUCCACCGAACGUGGACAAUGCUUUCCUAAUUGGUCGGAAGCGUUCACACUAUGACAUACACUCUGUGGUGCGUUACCAGUGUGCUGAUGGGUUCUUUCAGCGCCACAUCCCCACCAGCAAGUGUCAUGCCAACGGCAAAUGGGACCGACUCAAGAUCGUCUGUACAAAGUCACGGAGAUCUCACCGCUACAGACGCCAUCACCACAAGUCCCAUCAUGAGCGCAGAAAGCACAAGAGGCAUGGUUCAGGAGGUCAUCGAGGUCAACAGGAAGGUCACGGCCAUUUCUAA